CCCCUUCCCAGGUCGCUGUGAAAAUCAUCGACAAGACGCAGCUCAACUCCUCCAGCCUGCAGAAGCUCUUCCGGGAAGUGCGGAUCAUGAAGGUCCUGAACCACCCCAACAUAGUGAAGCUCUUCGAGGUGAUCGAGACGGAGAAGACCCUUUACCUGGUCAUGGAAUACGCCAGCGGGGGUGAGGUGUUCGACUACCUGGUGGCCCACGGGCGCAUGAAGGAGAAGGAGGCCCGGGCCAAGUUCCGACAGAUAGUGUCUGCCGUGCAGUACUGCCACCAGAAGUUCAUCGUGCACAGAGACCUGAAGGUGAGGAGCCCCCCCGACCUUGGGCCCCUUGGCACCCCCAGGACCCCCCCAGCAGCACCCUAA